AUGUCGGUGAUUAACCUGACCAUCGGUGACCUCUUCAGUGACCUCUGCGAUGGAAAGAUUUUGAUGAAUUUGUUGGUCAUCAUAUCCGGGGAGAUGUUUGGACGGCCUAACAGGGGCGUCCUUAGGGUGCAGAAGAUGGAAAACGUCAGUAGGUGUCUGCAGUUUCUCGCCACUAAGGUGACCUUCGAGAACAUCGGGGCAGAGGACAUUGUUGACGGCAACCCUACCCUCAUAUUGGGCCUCAUCUGGACGAUCAUUUUGAGGUUUCAGAUACAGGAGAUCACCAUUGAGUUGGAUGACCAGAAGGAACAUCCGGACAAAAUUAACGCAAAGGAUGCUCUUCUACUCUGGUGUCAGAGGAAAACGAACGGAUAUCGCGGAGUUAAGAUUGACAACUUCUCGACCAGUUGGAGGAACGGGCUGGGGUUCAACGCCCUCAUUCACGCCCACUGCCCCGAACUUGUUGACUACAACACCCUCAAUCCCAAUGACCACAUUGGUGAUGAUUAUGAUGAUGAAGAUUGUGAUAAUGAUGAUGAUGUUGAUUGUGAUGAUGAUUAUGAUAACAAUUAUAUCGGUGUUGAAGAUGAAGAUACUUGCGACGAUUACGAUGGAAACUUAAACAACGCGUUUAUAAUCGCCGAAGAGAAGUUGGGCAUCAAGAAGUUGUUGGAUGCCGAAGAUGUGGACGUCUCAAGGCCGGACGACAAGUCGAUAAUGACCUAUGUCGCUUCUUAUUAUCACUUUUUCUCCAGGAUGAAGUCUCAGAUGACUGACUCGAAAAGAAUUAACAACGUGCUGGCCAAUUUGAUGGACAUAAAACGAGACGAGGACGAUUACGAGUGUCUCGUUUCGAAUCUUCUCGAAUGGAUCAACCUGAAGAUCUUCAAACUCAACAAUCGAACCUUUCCGAAUUCCGUGGAAGGCGUAACGAAGGAGAUGAACGAUUUCACCAACUACAGACUCGUUGAGAAACCGCCUAAGUUCGUCUCGAUGAUGAUGAUGAUGAUGAUGGAGGCCAAACUGAAGAGUGGUCAGAAAAAAAUGUACACGCCCCCUGAGGGUAAACUCAUCAGAGAUGUCGAAUCCGCUUGGCUCAGACUGGAGAGGGCUGAACAUGAUCGGGAGCUUGCCCUUAGAGAAGAACUGAUAAGACAAGAAAGGCUGAAACAGCUGGCUGAGAAAUUUGAAAAGAAGGCCAUCUUGAGAGAGUCCUGGCUGAACGACAUGACGAGGAUUGUGAGCGACCAGACAUUCGGCAACAACACUGCCCAAGUUGAGGCAGCUCUCAAGAAACACGAAGCUAUAACUGCUGAUAGGGACCGAUUCAUCACCCUCUCCAGUAUAGCGCAGGAGUUGUACCAGGAGAACUAUCAUGGUAGACAACCUGUUAAAGAAAGAGAGCAGCAGAUUAUAACCAAAUGGCGGCACCUGUUGGAGUUGCUAGAGAAGAAGAAGAAGGUGUUGCAUGGUUUCAGUGAAAUGUUGGACCUCUUUCGGGAACUGGAGAGCAUCUCUCAGGAGCUCAGAGACAUGGAGUUCGCUCUACAAAGCGAGGACCACGGACGUCACCUGGUUGGGACACAGGACCUCCUCCAGAAACAUUCCCUCAUCGAAGGUCAACUGAACGGCCUUGCCGAGAGGGUUAAGAGGUUAAACCAGAGAUCACUGCCCUACAAAAAAUCUCUGCAUCCGGAGGCGCAACUACUACAGCAGAGGAUCGAGCCCCUGAAUAAGGAAUUCGAGAACAUCCAGCACUUGUGUCAGAUCCGUCGCGCGAAACUGGAGGAGUGUCUGAGGUACUACCAGUUCGUGCAGGACUCUGAGGAGCAGGAGACCUGGCUGGUGGAGAUGAGUGGCCUGGCUCAGUCGCAGGACGUCGGCAAGGACCUGGCUUCCUGCAUGAUGCUCAUGAGGAGGCACGAGGCUCUGGAGCAAGAAAUAUCGGCACGCAUUCCGGAUAGUGAGAGGAUCUACAAGGUGGGAGAGCAACUGAUUCUGAACAACCAUCCGUCGAAGAGAGAUACGGAGGCGAGGGUGAGGAGGCUGAAGGGACUGUGGAACGAGUUGAAAGAGAUCGUGAAGAAGAGGAGGCUGCUGUUGGAGGAUGCGGCUGAAUCGCAUCAGAACCUUCUGCAACGACACAUAAGGCUGGAUGGGGAGAUAAAAUCCUUCGAGCAGGAUAUCUAUCGUCUGGACCAACUGGCCGCCCUCAUGACCAAGGCCUCCUCCUCCUCUUCUGCUGCUGCUGCUAAUUCCGCCGCUUCAGCUCUCAAGAUACCGGCAACAUCAACCAAGCUGACGGUACCAUCUCAGCAAGUUGCGAAUGGUGACUACGUUGGUGCUUUGAAUGGGGGAGGAGUGGCGGUAGAUGGGGACGAGGAGGAAGUGCUGGAGGAGACUGCUGAUGUACCUUAUGAGUAUGAGAAAAAUUUGUUGGGACGUCUGAAUUUGAAUAAGAGAUUUAAGAAGAGGUUUAAGAUCUGUCAGUAG